ACCUCUCUGCUCGCCCGUACACUUCGCUCCCGUCGAGAGUAAACAAACCUCAGCUGGCGGUGUUCAUUUCGUUACUUUCUUAAAAAAAAAGUUUUAGGGCGUGGCGCGAUGGCAGAAACAUGCACGGACUGACUUGACCCGACAUCCUCCUACCUGGUUUAUACUUUUUGGCUUCCUUUUGAUCUAAAUGGAAAGUCAAACCUGCAUCUCGCAUGCCAUGCGGUUAUAGAAUCUUGGAGACGGUGCCAUGUUAGCCACGCAGACGCCUGACGCGCCGCAAGAAGCUAAGCAUGUCAAACAGAUCAAGGAGAAGCUAGCGCUGUCGCUCAAAUCCCUGCAGAGGCGCUACGUGACAUCGGACUCGGUGGUCACCAGUGAGGACGGCGAUGCCAACCUGCUGUGCUGCGCGCUGGAGGCCAUCUUCGUCCACGGCAUCAAGAGCAAGUACGUCCGCUGGGAGGCCAGGAAAGGAGAGAGCGGACCCCUCCCGCAGCCCUUCUUCUGGAAUCUCCUUAAGACCGUCACCCAUCGUGAUGUGAUCACAGAGCUGGAGAAGAUCAACUUCGUGGGUACGGACGUGGGACGUUGCCGAGCAUGGCUUCGUCUGGCCCUCAAUCACGGUCUGCUGGAAUGCUACCUACUGUCGCUGUUCCGGGAGAGUGCCACGCUGCGAGCGCACUAUCAGCCCGGCGCCCUGCUGCUCAACAGCGAGGAACGCGAGGUGCUGCUUAGCUACCUGCAGGGCCUGGCCUCGCUCACCUUCAACCUCUCGUACAAGUCGGCCGUCCUCAAUCAGUGGACCACCACGCCACUCAGCCUCGCCGGACUCUGCGCCCCGUCCCCGGCCGACUCUCCGGAAGCGCCCCUCAACGGGGUGGCGUGCAAAGACUCAUGGGAUACGCUGUCGGAAUCGUCGGGAUCAACUGACACGGGGCCGCCGCUCUUGUGGGCUUCUCGAGGGUCUCGUGGUGGCACCGGAGCGCUCAACUCGUCCACGUUGAGCCUGGACACCGCAGGCUCUUCGCAGCUCUCCUCCAGCUCGAGCUCGGACAGCCUUCUCCAGGGGCAGGAGCACCGAAGCCCCGCCAGCGAGCAGUGGUCUUCUUGUGACAUCACCAAAGCACCCUUGAAAGCGUCGCCACCCAAGCAGCAGGAAAACUCCAGUCAGGAUUCCAUGCGUGAGGACUCCUAUGUCUCCAGCUCCGGCGCCGACCACUUCUCCGACAGCGACCAGCCGCCCAGUUCCGCUCUCUCCGACGUAGAGCCGCCGGCCCCGCCCCUCGCUGACCCGCCAUCGCCCCGCCGGAAUCAUGUUGACCGUAUGCAGCCUGCCGCCCCGGCGGUCCCAGAAAAGGCCGAGCUGGACCGCGGAGAGAAAGGAGUCGAGAACGUCCUCUGCUUGGAGGUGUCAUCAGACUCGCUCACGCAUUCUCGCUCCUGGAUCUCCGACGAAGACAUCUACAAGCCCCGUGUGGAAUCAGAGCCGGACUGCGAGGCGCCACCGUCGCCGCCUCCUCCUCUUGCUCCUCUUCCUGCUCCUCCCGAAGGCUCGCAGUUGCCACCGAGUGUUGUGCAUCGCCGUCAAAUAGGCCUCUCCAACCCCUUCCGAGGCUUGCUGAAGCUGGGUCACCUGGAGCGCCGUGGCGCCAUGGGGAUGUGGCGAGACCACUACUGCGAGCUGUCCCCCUUGGAGUUCUGCCUCUACCUCAAUGCAGAGGAGCGCACCUGCUGCGACAACUGCUCCCUGCUGCGGUGCGAGGACGCCCGGCUGACCUCGCCCGACGGCCGCUUCGAGCUGGCUUUUCCCGGCAAGCGUCUUUACCUGCGUGCUGCCAACCGGGAUGAGGCGGAGGACUGGGUGGACCGCGUCGUGGAGGCGAUCAACAAGUGCCGGCCCAUGUCCCACGUGGAGGAGCAGUGGGAGAUUCUGGAGAUGCCCGGUGAGAACGGCGGCGAGGUCGGCAGCGUUUCCUUCCCGUGCUCCGCCUCGUGCAGCCCGGAGCGAUGCGCCUCGCCCCCUCCCCCUCGGGAGUUCAACUGGACUCGCACGGCGGAUUUGGAAAGGGACGCUAUCAAAGAAGCGGUGCUGUAUUGUUGCUCGAGCGCUGACGCUCACUCGUGGGUGCCUCUCGUCUUCUCGCUCUCCCUGGAGGCCUUGAAAGGCUUCCGGGUGCAAGAAGGAAGCAAGUUGCUGCGGAUGGCCUUCGCCAUCCAGGAAGUGCGGGACGUGGUCCCCGACGUGGCGCUGGGCGGACCCUACUUUUUUAAACUCCUAACGCUCAGGGAGACACUUAGACUGCGGGCGGAAAGCGCCGAGGAGGCACGCUCCUGGAGGGCUCUGAUCCGCGGGGCUCUGGACUCCUACUUGGAGAGCGGGGAGGAGGCGGUUGCGGUCGGCCAGAACCUUGAUGGAAACCUGCACAGACUGGUCCAGCACAGACUCAAAGAAGAUGGCCCGCUCCUCGUGCAUUUGUGCACCGUGCCCACACAAAAUGGACUGGACACACAGAGCUUCAAAUGUGCAGGCUGCUCCCAGCAGAUCGGCCCGUCGCUGGGACGAGCCCGCCUGUGCGAGUUCUCCGGCCAGUACUACUGUGACUCCUGUCACCGGGGCGACACCACCAUCAUCCCUUCGCGCAUGCUGCACAACUGGGACCUCAAUAAACGCGAGGUGUCGAGGAGGGCGCAAUGGGUGCUGGCUCAGGUGGAGCAGGAGCCUCUGCUCAACCUGGAGCAACUCAACCCCGACUUGCUGACACACUCCGAGACCAUGGCUCUUGUGCACAACCUGCGGCGGAGGCUGCGGCUACUGGGCGAGUACCUGCUCACCUGCCGCAGCGGAGCCUGCAAGAGGCUUCAAGCCAGGAUGGAGCAGCGAACCUACUUACUGGAGUCCAGCAGCCUGUACAGCGUGAGGGACCUGCGGGAGAUCGCUGAGAACCAGUACACCCUCUAUCUGACGUCGCUGUGCCAUUUUGCCAGCAGCCACGUGUUCAGCUGCAACCUGUGUACGCAGCGGGGCUUCAUCUGCCAGAUGUGCCGCAGCGACGACAUUAUUUUCCCUUUCCAGUUUGACAGCACCACUAGGUGCAAGGAAUGCAAGGCGGUGUUUCAUCGGACCUGCAUAGUGCCAGAUCAGGGUUGUCCUCGUUGCCUGCGAAUGAGGAAGUAUCUGGAGAGAGACCUGCAGGACUAAAAGAAGCCAAUAGAGGGCGCCCUUGUUCUUCUUCUGGAAGAGGAGCAAAAAAAUUAUUUAACCUCAAGUGCAAUUAUUAUGAUGAGUAAAAGUGACAGAUGGACUGAUCCUAAUUUAUUGACUUGAGCAGCCACAGUGAUUUGUUAGUCUUAAAUGAGAAGUUAACAGUUUACACAAAAAAACAAGAUUAGUAACAUGUCCCAAUGUGCCUUAUACUUUCUUUUUUCCCCCCCUUCUUUGUACGCCAAUGGGACUUUUCUUUGGUCUGGUGCAAUGCCGGCUACUUUUCUGACUUUUCACAUUUAGCGAAUUAAGUCGUCCAAGAAUUUUGCACACUUUGCACUGAGCUCCGACUGUUGACUGGACACUCGCCAACGUCUGUUUAACAGCUUGUUUUUGAUGUCUAAAAGUCAAAUAAACGUCUUAUUUCGUCUUCUGUUUGGAUAAAA